AUGUGUUAUUUCGUGCAACCUCUGCCAGACUUACGCCGUAGGCCGAAAAUAAAAAGAUCCCAAGGGGCUUCAUACAUGGACGACCCCACGCCACUACUAGUCCUGCAGGUCAAAUUUGAGUUUGGUAGAUUGAAACAAAGCCAUGGGGGGAUCUCAAGUGCUCGAGCCUCCCCAGCCGAGCUCGGACUGCCCAAGCAACAGGUCAGUGAACGGACGGUAAGACCACCCGCUCUAGAUAGUCGGCUAUCCACGAUGAUUCCACCGGCCAGGGAAAACAACAAGUCCCUGACUUCUGCACUCGGCGAUCACUACGUCGCGAAUCGGAGUUGGAAUGAUGCCUGCCGCUGUCCAAAGAUUUCCAAGUCAGGUGGCUCAGAUUGA